AUGGAACCGUCUGCGUUGAUCAUGAGAAUGUGUCUUCUGGAAGAGUUAGACUCCAUUUUUGAACCAACGUUCUCUAGCUAUCUGGUCGCAGUAACCAUAUCAGCUGCUUUCCUCUCAGAAGAUACAUGGCUUGUCCUAAUUGGUGUGCUGAGAACUGAGUAUAAUCAUACUGUGAAGGAGCAGGUCGACUUGGAUUCACAUAUCGUAGUGCCAGGGGAAAUUCUCACCCAGUAG